UGCGGCUGCGCGCUGAGCUCCGCUCGGACGAGGGGAGCUGUUGGAGCUGAGGCGCGUGCGCGGCCGCCAGGAAGCUGGACCGUGGGGUGGGGGCGGGAGCGGGAGGAAAGCGUUGGCAUGGCGGAGGCGCGGCCCAAUACAGGUGUGUUGAAUCUGAAUCCUGAUGCCGAUGAUUCCAUUUCCGGAGAAAGACUACCUACAGAUAUAAAUUGGGUGAAGAAAGAUAGGAAAGAAUGUAGUAGGAAUCAGAAUAGAAGAAGUUUAUUAUGUCCUAGUCUGCCUGAAAAAGAUUAUGGAAGCUCUUCCACAAAGCAUUAUGAUGUUUAUAAUCCAGAAAGUCGGUAUGGGAAUUCUGAAGAUUUUCACCAAUAUUUUGGUACCAGUCGAAGUUCAAAGAAUCGCAGCUUUCAAAAUCAGAGGUGGCACAGAUCAAGGAACGAUACCACAUGUACUAAAAGUAAGGUAAGACAAAGUACUGCAGAGGCUGCUGCUUGUCCUGGAAUUUCAGAUGCUGCAAAGCUACCUGGAAGAAGAGCACCUAUUAAAGGAUACAAUGAAUUUAUCUCCUCAGAGAGUGACAGGGAAGUAGCUAAUGCAGAUAGCCGAGGAGCAAAGCCAAAGAAAUCACACCUGGUACAUGCACCUGGAAGAGGUUUCAGGGAGAAGGGAAAGCAAGUACAUGAGCGAGAGAAGAGAAUGAGCUCUAAACAGAAAGUAGAGCUUUUUGAAAAUACUCCAUCUUUGGAUUUGACUCAGUCGGACUCUUCAGAAUCUUCUGCUGGAAAGGCAUUCAGUGAGGCACCAAUUGGUAGUGGGGAUGAGCAGAAAGGCUACAAUUAUGUAAACAAGAGAUAUCCCCGGAAGCCUAUGUGGAAUAAACCGCCGGUAGAGAAAGAGUAUCAGAAGAGACAUGAUUCUCACCAUAGCAGAAAUACAAAAGCGGGUAAGAAGUCUUCUCUUGCGUGUACUGCAAAAGAUAAAAAUGAGAGGAAGAAAGAAUUCUCUGAUCACAAAAAUGAUGAAAAUGUGACCAGCGAGAUCAGAAAUGAAUUGCUUGAGUCUGCCAGAUGUAACGGAAGAAAGUUUUUGCUAAAGGGGGAUCAAGCGCCUUCCCUUAAUUUCAGCUGGACCCAGUACUGGAAAAAACAAAGUGAUAUACCAAAAAACAAAGAAACUCAUACAGGGUCUUUGAUUGAGCAGCUGACAACAGAGAAGUAUGAAUGUAUGGUAUGUUGUGAGGUCGUCCGAAUAGUAGCACCUGUGUGGAGCUGUCAGAAUUGCUACCAUGUAUUCCACCUGAAUUGUAUUAAAAAGUGGGCAAGAUCACCAGCUUCUCAAGCUGAAGAUAGUAACAGUGGUUGGAGAUGUCCAGCUUGUCAGAAUGCUUCUACACAAGUUCCUAAAACUUACACUUGUUUCUGUGGUAAGGUACACAAUCCAGAAUGGAAUAGAAAUGAAAUUCCACAUAGCUGUGGGGAACUUUGUGGAAAGAAGAGGCAGUGUUUGGAUUGUCCACAUCUUUGUAAUAUCCUGUGUCAUCCAGGACCUUGUCCUUCAUGCCCAGCCUUUGUGACAAAAACAUGUGAAUGUGGACAAACAAGUCAUUCAGUUCGCUGUGGCCAGUCAACAAAAAUUCAUUGUUCUAAUGUAUGUGGAAGUACUUUAAACUGUGGCAAGCACAGAUGUACUCAGGUUUGCCAUGCAGGAGAAUGUUUACCUUGCCAACUGAAAGUACAGCAAGUGUGUUACUGUGGAAAAAACUUUAAAGAAGUAUUGUGUGGGACAAAGGAAGAAUUUUAUGAUGGAUUUGGGAGUUUCUCGUGUCAGAAUACAUGUGGCAAAACAUUAAAUUGUGGGAGGCACAACUGUACACAAGUAUGCCAUCCUCAACCUUGCCAGCUCUGUCCACGACUUCCACAAGUAGUGUAUCGCUGUCCCUGUGGUCAGACUCCUCUCAGCAAGUUACUGGAACUAGGAUGUAUUGAACGUAAAAUCUGCACAGAUCCUAUCCCAUCAUGUGGAAAAACGUGUGGCAAACCUCUUUCUUGUGGUAGCUAUGAGUUGCUUCAUACAUGUGAAAGCCUGUGCCAUGAAGGAGACUGUAAACCAUGUUCUCAAACAUCAAAUAUUUACUGUAGGUGUGGCUUCAAAAAAAAGGAAGUCCCAUGUGCUCUGCUCAGGAAUAAAGCUGCUAUUACAUUUAUGUGUGACAAGCGAUGCAACAAGAAAAGGUCAUGUGGACGACACAAGUGUAAUGAAGUUUGCUGUGUGGACACAGAACAUAAGUGUUCUUUGGUUUGUGGUCGCAAACUCAACUGUGGACUUCAUAGAUGUGAAGAGCCUUGUCACCGGGGCAGUUGUCAAACCUGCUGGCAAACAAGUUUUGAUGAGUUGACUUGUUACUGUGGGGAAUCAGUGAUUUACCCCCCUGUUCCUUGUGGCACUCAGCCACCAGAAUGCAAAAAAACAUGCACCAGGCCACAUGACUGUGAUCAUCCAGUGUACCAUUCAUGUCAUAGUGAGGAGAAGUGUCCACCCUGUACCUACCUCACUCAGAAAUGGUGUAUGGGCAAACAUGAACUGCGAAGCAAUAUUCCCUGUCAUCUCACUGACAUUUCCUGUGGACUUCGCUGCAAUCAAAUGUUAAAAUGUGGAAUGCACAAAUGUAAAAGAAUCUGUCAUAAAGGGGAAUGUCUCAUAGAUGAAGAGUGUAAACAGCCAUGUAUUAUUCCAAGACUGUAUUGUAAUCAUCCCUGUAUGGCUCCAUGUCAUCCUUCUUCAUCCUGCCCAACAACAUCCUGCUGUGCAAAGGUUGAACUUCAGUGUGAAUGUGGAAGAAGAAAGGAGAGUAUGAUUUGUUCAGAAGCAUCUAAUACGUAUCAGAGAAUAGCUGCUAUAUCUAUAGCCACUAAGUUAACGGAUCUGCAGCUUGGAGAUUCAGUGGAAAUCAGUAGACUUAUUACAAAAAAGGAAAUGAAGCAGGCCAGGUUGCAAUGCGAUGAAGAAUGUUUAGCUCUUCAGAGGAACAGGCGCCUUGCCGAUGCUCUUGAAAUAGAUGAUAAUUCUGACCCUUUUAACACUCGUUCUUCUGGACCAAAGUACAGUGACCUUUUAAAAGAAGAUGCUAGGAAAGAUAUAAAAUUUGUCAGCGAUGUUGAGAAGGAGAUGAGAAUGCUUGUAGAAGCUGUGAAUAAGGGCAAGUACACAAAGAAGAGUCAUUGUUACCCACCAAUGAACAGAGAUCACCGCAGAAUCAUCCACGAAUUAGCUCAGGUUUAUGGCAUUGAAAGUGUGAGCUAUGACAACGAGCCAAAGCGUAAUGUUGUUAUCACUGCAGUCAAAGGGAAAUCCAUUUGUCCAAGCAAUACCUUAACUUCUGUGCUGGAUAAAGAAAUGAAGAGCAGGCCUCCACCUCCCAUUCCUCAUUACAAACAAACAGAUAAGAAUAGUGGAAGCAGUGGUUUGUCCAAACCAUUAAAAGAAGAGCCAAUAAUUGACUACUUUGAUGUCCAGGACUGAAGUCAUUGAUGUAGAAUUACGACACAGAAGCUCAGAUACUAAAUUACUGCAGAAGGUGCUUUUUAGUUAUUUGUCAAAUGAGUACUUGUCCAACAUAUCCAUGGUUUAACAUCUAAGGCUGGAUUGCAAUACUUUACCUAAGUGCAUUGUACCUAAUAGUUGUACCGUUUUUUUUUGAAAGCUGGGUUGUCUGCACUUUUUUUUGAUCUAAUAUGCUUUCAGAAUGAUGUGAAUUUUCAUCAAUGCCUUGAAAGUGAGAGAAAAUUAUCAAACAGAUUAUUUUGGGUAAUAAGAAUAAUAAUUCUUACAGAUUUAUUUUGAUGUAUCUCAUGCAAUUUAAAAUGAACCAGGAAUAAUCUGUUAAAAACAUUAAUGGGAAUAUUCUAUAAGCAUUUUCUUACGUUAUUAUUUCACUUCCAUGUUAAUGUGAUAAAUCUGGGGAUUUGAGUUACUCUUCUGUGUGCAAGGAAAUAUGAAACUUAGUCACUAAUUAUGAAUAUACACUCUAGAUGUCACAAGAGCACAGACUUCUUUUGGUAUCUGAAGAAAAAAAAUCUGAGGAAGGUGGAAAACUAAGGCUUACUCUGUUGUAUCUCAAAUUCGACAUUAAAAAAAAUAGACAAGAAAAUUAUUGAUGCUAUGUUAUUUGAGACACCAAACAAGAUAAUAUUCAAUAUUAUUAUUUUAGUGUUCUAUUUGGUUUAUAUUUUAUUUAGAUAAGUUAGUUUGGUGGUCUUGGGGUUUUUUGGAUUUUUUUUGCAUGGUUUUGUUCAUGAUUUAUAAUAUUUUUCUGUACUGUGCAGGCUCAAGGGAGUAUGUGAAGUUUGAGCUAAGUAUGUUUAGAGUUGGAGCAAUAUUUGUAUCAUUUCUAAGAACAUUUGUCUUAGCUCUUUGCCAGUGGGAGAUAUUUCUUGCAUGGAAAUGCCGUGAACAAAAUGCCAUGAGUAUAUGGUGUAAGAAGCAAUUUCACAGAUGGUGGAUUUGUUCCAGAUUAUGAGGUAGGGUGGAUGAGAAAACUGUAAGUCUGAUUUGAAGUGGCACAGCUGUAACUUUUGUUGCCAGGACAGUGCGAGGCAGCAAUCCGUGCUUAGAUUCACGUAGUUAAUGGAGAAACUGAGAACCUUAAAUGUGAAGAAUUCUGUGGCCGCGUUUCAUUCUCAGCGUCAUGAGAUUGUGAAACAUGAAAGAGUGAGCAGCAAAUUCACCACAUCUGCCUCCAAAACCUUUUCAGAAUAAAAAUGCAUGUUAGUGCAAAUUUUUGUGCUUAUUAUUUUGCAUAAGACGUCUUAAAUGUUUCUAAAUGCCUCAAAUGCAUAUGCUUCUGUUAUAAGAACAGUUACCAGAAGGAUUCUCAGUUCUUGAGCUUUUAAUUUGAGUGUAGUGAUUUAAAUUUAUUUUCGCAUUUUUUGUAUUACAUUUAAUGAACAGAAAUGAAAGAUAAAAUGACAAAGCCUAUAGUGCCCUUACUUUUUUUUAAGCAAAUUAGUGUUUGAGCCCACAAAGUGUACCACCACUUUGCUAUAUUCAGUUAAAGAAAUGAGUUGCUUGGCAUCUUUUCAGUAAUUUAUUUCUUCAGAUGCCAUCAUUAAGAGGAAUGUAUCUAUUCCCAGUACUUGCAGUGCCAGCUCAGUGUGGCUGCCAGACAAAGGGUAAUUUUGGUCUAGAAAUUCAAAGCUAUGUUAGUAUUUCCAAGCUAGUAACUGCUAAUAGAGAGAAUGUACGUGGUUAUACUGCAAAGGUUUGUUCUGGACAGGAGCUGUCACAUGUCUGGUGAGCUGGAAGUGUAUCACAUCCCUCUAAUGCAGCUGGUAUACCGUAGGUAUAAAAAAGCAUUAUCAAAAACAAAAACACACCUAAUUGAUUUGGUUGAUAUUAAAUAGCAUAAGGCUGAAGCGUGUUAACUUUUCACCCACACUGAAAUGAAUACAGCUAAUGCUUCUCAUCUGUACUUCUGAUCUGAAAUACAAAACUUAAAAGGCUUCCAUAACAUUAUAUUCAGCUCUGUUUCAAUUUUUUUUUAAAUCAAAUUACAUCUGACAUAAAAAUACGAACUUGGUGAGAUGCACUUCAGCAGUCAAGCAUUCUGCUACUAUUUUUAAUAAAACCCAGGUAUCUUUAGCUUCUCAAGUUGAAACUAGUCACUACACUGAAUCUGUUCAUACUGAGAAGUCAUACUCAUCACUGCACAUCUUAGCUGCAUGAAUAUCAAAAAUUUUAUGUAGAUAUGUAUAUUAAACAUCUUUAAAUCAUGGCUGUUGGAGCUUGUCUGUACUUAUGCAUCAAGUCAUAUGUGGAAAAACAUUUGGUUUGAAAUGCGUUUGAAUAACUUGGUUAAAACAUGAUACUACAUAUCUACCGUACAUCUAGGGAAAUGAUACCAAAAAGAAUGAGGAUGGAUGUCUUUCUUCCUAGAAUACAGUAACACGGCCUUAAAAAGGAACUCAGCAAUGUAUAACAGAGGUCUUUGCUCUGUUCUCAUUUGCUUUGGCUGCAGUGUCUGUGACUUUCACAUGGAAUAGUACUAAAGGCUGUAGUUUUGAAAUUUAUGAUAACUCAUCUUACUGCAUGUGUGCCUCAUGGAAAUAAUUUUCAAUUACCUAUUUUGUAACUCCUUCAGCAGACCUUUACACCUUUUAUCUGAUAGAAAAAUGAGUGGAUAGCAGCGAUCUUUGCAUCAGUGAAGUCGGUAGCAAAAUCUUUACUGACAUCACUGUAACCAAGACUUAAGCUU